AUGCCUUUCACCAACACCAGCGUCACCGUCACCCACAUUUCAACCGCAACAGCCAUCAUCUCCAUCGACGGCGUAAACCUCCUUACCGACCCAGUCUUCUGCCCUGCCGGCUCAACAUACGAGUAUCACGGCUGGGCCAAGGUGUCCAACCUGCACGAAUGGGGCUUUACCGAGACUCCUCCCCCCUCAACUCUGCGCAGCAUCGCCGGGCCAGCUAUCAAGCUGGACGAGCUGCCUCCUAUCGACGCCCUUCUCCUCAGCCACGAAGACCACGUCGACAACCUUGAUCCUUUGGGUCGUCAACUGCUUGACGGUAGACGCGUCUACACCACGCCAGAUGGCGAAAAGAACCUCCGACCUCGCCCUGGAGUCGUCGGUCUGAAGCCCUGGGAAACCGUGACAGCGACAAUUGGAGGAAAAGUGUUUCGUAUUACUGGAACCCCAUGCAGGCACUUCCCUGGCGGCGAGGUCACCGGCUUCGUGCUCGAAUCCGAUUCAUUCGGCAUCGAUGAGACCACCGGACUGCCAAAUGCAGUCUACUUCUCCGGCGACACGGUCUGGAUCGAUGAGUUGGCGGAGCUAGGGAAGAGGUGGCAUGUUGUUGUCGCGGUACUGAACUUGGGGAAUGCGCUGUUCCCUUAUCCUAAUGGAGUCCUGCAGAUUACGUUUGAUGGGAAGCAGGCGGCACAUCUGAUGCGGGUUACUGGGGCGGAGAUUAUGGUUCCGAUUCAUUUUGAGUCUUGGGAGCAUUUCACCGAGCAUCAGGCCGAGCUGCGGGAGGUGUUUAGGGGAGAGGGCAUUGAGGAGAAGGUUCGUUGGUUGACUCCAGGGGUCGCUACGGAAGUGGUUUGA